CUCUCGGGAUGUGGCCGCUGCCGCCGCCGCCAUUGUGAGGCGCUAGUCCCCUUGAAGGGUGUCCCGGUGGCGAGUGCUUUGGGCUCUCGCCCUCGCUUCUCGCACUCCUGUCCCCGGAGCCCGGCGGGUCCGGGACUCCCGUCCGUGCCGGUGCGGGCGCCGGCAUGUGGCUGUGGGAGGAACAGGGGGGCCUCCUGGGCCCCUUCUCCUUCCUGCUGCUGCUGCUACUGCUGGUGACGCGCAGCCCCUUCAAUGCCUGCCUCUUCACCGGCAGCCUCUACCUUCUGCUACGCCUCUUCAGCUUUGAGCCUCUGCCCUCCUGCAGGGCCCUGCAGGUGCUCAAGCCCCGGGACCGCGUCUCCGCCAUCGCCCACCGCGGCGGCAGCCACGACGCCCCGGAAAACACACUGGCGGCCAUUCGGCAGGCAGCUAAGAAUGGAGCAGCAGGCGUGGAGCUGGACGUUGAGUUUACUUUGGACGGGGUGCCUGUCUUAAUGCACGAUAACACGGUAGAUAGGACAACAGAUGGCACUGGUCGACUGUGUGAUUUGACAUUUGAACAAAUUAGGAAGCUUAAUCCUGCCGCAAAUCACAGAUUAAGGAACAAUUUCCCUGAUGAAAAGAUCCCCACCCUGAGGGAAGCUGUGGCAGAGUGCCUAAACCAUAACCUCACAAUCUUCUUUGACGUCAAGGGCCACGCAAAUAAGGCUACUGAUGCGCUAAAGAAAAUAUAUAUGGAGUUUCCUCAACUUUAUAAUAAUAGCAUGGUCUGCUCUUUCUUGCCAGAAGUUAUCUAUAAGAUGAGACAGACAGAUCCGAAUGUAGUGACAGCAUUAACUCACAGGCCUUGGAGCCUGAGCCACACAGGAGAUGGGAAACCACGCUAUGACACUUUAUGGAGACACGCCAUGUUCGUGGUAAUGGACAUUCUGCUUGACUGGAGCCUGCAUAAUGUCUUGUGGUACCUGUGCGGAAUUUCAGCUUUCCUCAUGCAAAAGGAUUUUGUAUCCCCGGCCUACUUGAGGAAGUGGUCAGCUAAAGGCAUUCACGUUGUUGGUUGGACUAUUAAUAGCUUUGAUGAAAAAAGUUACUACGAGUCCCAUCUUGGUGCCAGCUAUAUCACCGACAGCAUGUUGGAAGACUGUGAACCUCAUUUCUAGACUUUUCCCCAAGGAACGAACCACAGGUACUGACACUGCCUACUGGCCUCACUGGCCAGGGAUAUUAAAAUGCCCUUUGUGCUAGCCCAAGCCCUGGGCGAUCCGGUGGCCCACACAAACAGUGGUCGAUGAUGGCAUCUUUAUCCGAACCACAGCAAAACCCAGCGUUGCCACCGUGCUCCAUGGAGCGCCCAAGUUCAACACCAUUGCUCUUGAAAACCUGGGUCUGCAGAAAGGCACUGCAGCUCUGCCCAGAGCCAGCUGAGGCCUACACCGAGACCCAGUGCGGAUAAGCACAGAUCGAGCUGUGCAACAUGCAGAUGCAAACGCAUGGGAAAUGCAUGAUCACUCAGAGUUGACAUUUUAAAACUUGACACACUUAUGUAAUGUACUUAUUUAAAAUAUUUAUAUUCAGGUACGUUAUCAAUGUACUAUAGACGUCCAAGUUGUGACUGUACUAAUAAAAUCAUUAAAAGGA